AUUAUAUAUGGUCUAAAGAGUGUUGUUUUUCUUUCAGUGCUAAGCGGUUGUGCUAGGAUAAAGUUGACGAGAUUUGAGCGAUACAAAUCUCAUUUAUUCUGAACUAUUAGCAACUAUAUUUACAUAUCAGUCAAACAAUGUCCUGCGACGAGACAGAGGAAUCCAAGAGUGAUGAUGUCUUUGAGAAGCUGGUUGCUCCGCAGGCCGCACCCAGGAAGUAUGAGAUCAUACACAGCAACCUCCUCACCUUCAGCUACGGACACCUGGCGGCGUUGUAUGGAACUUACUUAUGCGUUACAGUCGCCAGUUGGAAGACACUGCUAUUUCAUUUUAUAAUAUUCGUGUUGGCGGCUAUUGGCGUAACGGCUGGAGCUCACAGGCUGUGGACCCACAGAGCCUAUAAAGCUAAGCUGCCUCUUCAGAUUAUUCUGAUGCUGAUGAACACGCUAGCCUUCCAGAACACUGUCAUAGAUUGGGUCAAGAAGCAUAGGUUGCAUCACAGAUACAGUGACACGGAUGCGGAUCCCCACAACGCGACCAGAGGCUUCUUCUAUUCCCACGUCGGCUGGUUGCUGGUGAAACGACACGAGGAAGUCAGGAGGAGGGAGAAAUUAAUCGACAUGUCGGAUAUAUAUGACAACCCCGUGCUUACGUUCCAGAAAAAGUACGCAGUACCGUUCAUAGGUACAUUGACCUUCGUCCUACCCACAUUCAUACCAAUGUAUUUCUUUGGGGAGACCUUCUGGACCGCGUGGCACCUCACAGUCCUGAGGUACAUACUUAAUCUGAACGGCACAUUCCUUGUGAACAGUGCUGCACACAUGUUCGGCAACAAGCCCUACGAAGAGCACAUAAAACCAUCGCAGAACCUGUUCGUGUCGUUCGUCAGUUUUGGUGAGGGAUUCCACAAUUACCACCACGUGUUCCCAUGGGAUUAUAGAACAGCGGAGUUGGGGAACAAUUACCUAAAUCUCACCACAAAGUUCAUUGACUUCUUCGCUUGGCUCGGAUGGGCCUACGAUCGAAAAACUAUCCCGGAUGAUUUGAUCAGGUCGAGGUCGAAGAGGACCGGGGACGGAACGAACUCCUGGGGCUUCAGCAAGACAGAAUAAUUUGUCUUCAACUGUACAGGGUGUUAGCUAUCCUAUCUCAAUAAUUAUUUUGUAUUUUUCAUCUAGUUCCUAUAUUUUUGUGUAAACCAAUACAUUGUCAAGUAUUUCAGAUUUCUGAACGAAUCAACACAUAUGCAAACAUGUUUCGCGCAUAACAUUUUAAAGGCUUAUUUGUUGCACGUUCACUCGCAUGAAAUCUAUAAAAGUAUUUGCUGUAAAUAAUUUUUCUCGUAUAUUUUUUCCUUUAUGUAAUGAGAUCUAAGACUUUAUCGAUUAUUUAUUAAAAUAAAACUAAUAUUUUAUUCCCACA